CACUUCCGCCGCAGUGGUCGGACCAGACGUCCGCAGCCUAUCAUAUAAAAGGGUCAGAAAAUCCCCACAAGUUACCACUCGCCGUGAGACAAGGGGAAGAUCACGUACGCGCGCUUCUUGUUGUGGAAUUCUCGUCCGUCACGUUGAAGAGACUGGUCGACAUGAAGUUUGUUCUCGCGUGUUUGGCUGUCUUGACGCUGGAGGCACUCAGCGCACAAGCCUGGCAUCAAAGAAGGCCAUAUGUUCAGGUCAAUGCUGUACCCCCCAAGCCAGGAGUGUGCCCUCCCAUCCCGCCCAUGGCAGUCGGCAUCUGCGCAACCACCUGUUACGGGGACCAUUACUGCGCAGGGGCGGAUAAAUGCUGCCGUAACGCCUGCGGGGCCUUCACGUGUGCCCCGCCCACUGACGUCACUACCCCGUCUCCAAGGGCCACGCCUGACAACGGUCCUGACGUCAUGCCGACCGACUCGCAGCCUGGGGACGAGAGCACCACGCCGACCGCUGCCGAAGAAGGGCCGAGGCGGCCCCUCGGAAGAGGCUUGUUCCCAGUGUUCCCAGGAGAAGACGUUCCCGAGGUGCCACAAACAACAGCCAAAGCUACAACAACAACUGCAACAACAACGCAACAACCAUCAACAACAACUACGACAACAACUGAAGCUACAACUGCUGCUCCAGCCACUCGUGCCCCUGUAGAGCGCCCCCUACCGCCCCGGGAACAGCGAUGCACCCUCCAGCCUGAUGCCGGCCCUUGCCGGGCGUUCUCCCGCCGUUUUUAUUACAACAUUCAGACCAGAUCCUGCCAACUAUUUGGUUAUGGCGGUUGCCUAGGCAACGCUAACAACUUCAGGACAGUGGAGGAUUGUGAAAAUGCUUGUCAGCCCCGACCCAGCAAAGAAGAUGUCUGUCCGCCAUGCAGGGAAUUUGACUCCCUCAAGCCGCUGUACUGCAGCAAAAGCUUCAUUGUGAUAGCAGAGGUGCGGGACGUGUCCACCUCCGGUGACGUCACCACGGCCAACCUGCAGGUGAAGAGGUUGAAUGUUUACCGCCAGGGGUCACUGCGUCUCCGGGGCCGGUCUUACUUCCCGCAACGCUUCAGGGCUCAGGUGGUCCUGCCCAACCAGGAGAGCAAGUGUGCGUGUGCAACCCUGACCGCUGGAAAGGAGUACGUCUUCAUGGGCGACAGAGUCAACAGCAGUGGCGCCGGCGUCAUCGGCGACGGUGACUACGUUCGCGCGGUGAACGACGAGAACGCGCGAGAGUUGGCCAACCUGUACCGCGUGGGUCGUUCUGUCGUCUGUAGGGUCUGAGCAUCUGUGCCAAGGACGAAUGAAGGGCACUCUUUACGAAUCUCCAAGUAGCUGUUUAUUGAGGCGAAGUGAACGAAACAAAAUUGUUGCAAAAACAGGUUGGCACCACACAUCUACUUGGUAUUAAAGAUUUGCUGAGGAGGCAUGAUGCCGUCGUCGUCGAUAUUGUUUUGGACGCAUUUUAGUGUUGUUUGUAUAUUUUGUCGUUGCUUUUUCUUGUUUUACUGAUUAUGAAUUAUGAGGUAAAAUGUAAUUUUGUCCACUGUGACUGAAAGCACUAGCCAACAUCUUUUGUAUGGAAAGAAUUCGAAGAUAAUGCCCAGAAACGUACAUUGUGUGUAUCACAUAACAGUACGUGUGUCUAGUUUGUGUUCAGGAAGUGUAAGAAGACAUAACGGACUGUAAAGCAGAAAACAAGCAUUCCCUACAUGAAGGAAAUGCACCAAAUGUUCAGUAUUAUGAAAUAGAAUGGUUUGAGAAUGUUUCAAUCAUGUCUUGUCCCAACGUUUUAGAUCAAAUAAACACAGUAAUGAUUAAGAAA